UGGUGAUGAGUUUAUUGGAGGGUACCUGUGUGUCUCUUGUUUUUCCGAUCAUUGUCAGUCAAUCUGUUGGAGGAGCAGCAGGAGUCAGAGUUCAUGGAAAGCUAAGUCAUGAUGUCGGAUUCCAGGGUGUCUUCUGUCAUCCAGGAGUGGGCAAGCACAUACACGGGUCAGGUCCACACCCAGAACCUGAAUCCUACCAACUCAAACCAAGCAGAUUCUACCAGUCAGCUGGCUCAGAUGGACAUGAUACCAUACGGCCAUUCGCACGGGCUGGUGAGAGGAGACAGUGAUGACAGAGUGGCUGAGCAGGUGAUGGGACUGUCUUACCUGCCAUUCCCGACCUCCUGUCUAAGCAACACUUCGAGCACUGGGGGCAUACACCACCAGAGCCACACCAACACUCAGCAGGAGUUCUCUUCCUUCCUCCUGCCAACUCUGCGGGCUCCGAUCAACAAGAGGAGCCUAAGCAAGGACAGCGCAGAGUACCGCAUGCGACGGGAGAGGAACAACAUUGCUGUGAGAAAGAGCCGUGACAAGGCCCGCAGGAGAAUCCUACUGACCCAGCAGAGGGCCAUGCAGCUGCAGGACGAAAACCGGAAGCUGCAGACGAGGAUAGAGCAGCUGACACAAGAGCUGGACACUCUCAAACACAUCCUGUCUCAGCGGCACAUGCAUGGUGAUGAGUAGAGAGCAGAAGGGUGCUCUGGCAUUUAGAACCACAUUCUUACAGGUCUCGUAUGUCUUAUUGCAGGCGUCAGAUUCAGUGUUUGUGUGAAGGCAGGCCUCCUAGAGUCAAGGUCCAAGGUAGUCAGCCUUCCAUAGGAAUGUUUGCAGCUUCUGCACACAGGUUUUUGUUUUCCUGAAAAGUCAUAAGAUUGACACCUCCAGCAAAACUCUUCAGAUCCUAGUGUAUUUCUGUCAUCUAUUCUAUUUGUGUUUUUAUUGAUGCACAUCUUCAUCAUUUUAGUUCAGGGUCAGAGAGAUACAGAAACGGUCACUUAUAUUCCUUGCCUUGCGGUUUAUUACUUCUUUUUUUUUAAGAUUUAUUUUGGGCUUUUUUCGUGCCUUUAAUUCAGAGGGAGGACAGUGGAUAGAGU